AUGGCCAUUCCUUCCAAUGCUGCUACUAUUAUUAAUAGUAGUACUGCUACUGCUACUAGACGACGAGCCGCCACAGCAGCCACUCUAGUACGUCCGGCCAUUCGAUCUGGAUUUCGUCAAUUCAGCAAACGAGCCACGGCCAGACGCCUUCAGCAACAAAAGCAAUUGACGUCCUUGAAAUCCAGUUUUGGAAAUGUUGUCACCAACAAUAGUGGAAGUGGAAGUGGAAGUAACGGCAGUGACAAGACGGACUGGAUCUCUGUCAUUUCUUGGUUGGCCUUGGAAACGGCACUGGAUUCUUUCGUGGGAGGAUUUCUCUCAGGCUACGUGUUGGGAUCUACCGUGGAUGCUACCAAGAGAAUCUACCGCCACUUGGUGACUACCAGUACCAGUACUACUACAAGUACUACCUCCCAUCUACAAGAGAUACUCCCCUAUGCUCACGUGACUCAAUUCACCCAGCAAACACUCCAAGUACAUCGCGUGGGAAUCGCAUGGGCCAAGGAAUGGGCCGUCAUUUCCGCACUCUUUUGUGCUUGUCGCAUUCUUGUCACGGUUGUUGCAUCCACCCAUGGUGUGACUUGUCAAGACAACGGCAGAACUUGGUUACAGCAGACUUUGGAAACCAUUCAAAACGAGGAUUCCAACGAGAAUGCCUGGAAUACCAUUGGAGGCAGUGCCCUUGCAGGAGCCAUUCUAUCUCGACCCGACAAUACACCCUUUUUACGACUCUUGCAGAAUCACAAGGUCGUAAUAAUGACCAUGGCACGAGGAGCCAUUCUCUACGGAGGUACCAUGUUCCUAUUGCAUCCCAGUCUCUGGUGGAAUUAUACCGGUCGUGCAUCCAUCCAUCCAAAGACUAACUAA